AUGUCUGCCAAAGUUUUGGGAAUCCUUCUUUUUGAUGAAGUUGAAGUGUUAGACUUUUGUGGACCGUUUGAAGUAUUUUCAAUUACAGGAACUCUGCUUGAAAAUUCGUUCGAAGUUGUGACAUUGGCUCAAAAGUCCCCAGUCACUGCAAGAAAUGGACUCGCAGUGUUACCAAACUAUGUAAUUGGACAGGACCAAGAUAUUCCUAAAUUGGACAUUUUAAUCGUUCCAGGAGGAAUGGGGACUGUGACUGAGGCGAAAAAUGAAUCACUAAUAUCUUGGAUAAAAUCAGUAUCAGCUUCUGCAGAAUUUGUGCUCUCGGUCUGCACAGGAGUCCAAUUAUUAGGAAAGGCAGGUCUACUUGACGGAAUGACGGUGACAACCCAUCACCUCUGCUUCGAAUUGGUUCGUCCAGAUUGUCCUACCACGACUAAAUUUUGCAAAUGCAGGAGAUUCGUUGACAACGACAAAGUUCUCACUUCGGCAGGAAUUUCUGCUGGAAUUGACUUGUCGUUUCAUCUUGUCAAGAAACUCCACGGUCUCGACUCCGCCAGUAAAGUUGCCAAGUAUAUGGAGUACGAUUGGAAAGAUGUGGAUGUUCAAAAAUGUAUUUGUCAACUGGAUUGA